UUCUCGUUGUAAUGACUUGUGUAGAGUUUACGGUGAACGGGCAGAAAUGUACCGUCAACAAUCUUUUACAUCGCGAGACGUCAUUGUCCGCCUACAUCAGGUAUUUCCUGGGCCUUCCCGGCACGAAAGCGAUGUGCCGUCAAGGAGUUUGCGGGGCUUGUAUUGUGAACGUGACCGCUCGGAGACACAUCUCUGGGGAAAUCGAAACAUUCUCUGUUAAUUCUUGUUUAGUCUUGGUGUUUUCCUGUCAUGGAUGGGAUAUCACAACUGUGGAAGCGAUUGGUAGUCGGGGCCAGGGUUACAGCGAGUUUCAGAAGCGUAUAGCCGCGUUCCAUGGCACCCAAUGCGGCUAUUGCACCCCUGGAUGGGUGAUGAAUUUAUUUUCCAGUCUCUUACCAAAGAAGCUAAAAAUGAUUGAACUAGAGAACUCAUUCGGCAGCAACACUUGCCGAUGUACGGGAUACAGGUCGAUAUAUGACACGAUCAAAUCGUUCGCCGUGGACGCUAGUCCAGAACUUUGCCAACAAGUCGAUGACAUUGAGGAGUUAGCAAUGUGCAUAAAAGAUAAAACAAGGAUUUGCAACAGGAAAUGCUCCGAAACAAUCAGUGAAAACGAUUGGACCAUGGUAAACGAAGUUCGUGAUUCAGAUGCGAUGAUAAUGCUUAAUUUUGGCGAUAAGACUUUCUUUAAGGUUUUUCAAGAAGAUCAAAUAUUUCAACUUUUUACUAACUACGGCGUUGAUAAUUAUAUGUUUAUCGAUGGCAAUACUGGAAAAGCUGUUGUAUACGAAAUUCAAUAUCCUGAUGUACUAAUUGACAUAAGCGCUGUGUCGUCGCUGAAACAAUAUCAUUUUGAUCAGAAUCUCGUGCUAGGAGCAAAUAUAGCCUUAGAAGAAUGUUUAGACAUAUUCAAAAAAACUGCAGCCACUAUGGAUGACUUUACGUAUUUAGAAGAAUUUGCUAAGCAUUUGGAUCUGGUCGCGCAAAUGCCAGUCAGAAAUAUCGGUUCUUUGGCCGGUAACAUCAUGUUGAAGCACAUUAAGCCAUCUUAUCGGUCUGACGUGUUUUUGUUAUUUGAAGCUGUGGGGGCCACAGUUACUAUACGUGGCGGAGGCAAUGAGAGAGUGAGCUUAGGAUUACCGGAAUUUCUUAAAUACGACAUGAAAGGAAAAUUAAUAUUGAACUUUGAAUUACCUCCUCAAGGUCCUAAUCAUAUAUUAAGAAGUUACAAGAUUAUGCCAAGAAGUCAAAACGCGUUAGCCAUCGUUAACGCUGCGUUCAACAUUAAAAUGAAUACAAGCACUAGCGUUAUCGAAAAAGCUACAAUUGUUUUUGGUAAUAUAUCAGGUACAUUCAUUCACGCGACACAAACAGAAGCAUAUUUGAAGGGGAAAAAUGUAUUUAGCAAUAAAAUUUUACAAGGAGCCAUCAGUCGAUUGAAUAAUGAAUUGGUUCCGGUUGAAGAGCCCGCGCAGCCCACUCCGGCGAUUAGAAAAAAAUUGGCUAUAGGUCUCUUCUACAAGUUCAUCCUGAGUAUAACUCCAACCAGCAUUUUGAAUCCCAAGUAUGUAUCAGGUGGUUCUCUUAUAAAGCGUCCUCUUUCAAGCGGAAAGCAAGAUUUCCAAACCGAUUCAUCUCUUUACCCUCUCAACCAACCAGUGCAAAAACUCGAAGCAAUUAUACAGAGUUCCGGGGAGGCUCGGUAUGUGAAUGAUAUACCUCCUUUACCAAAAGAAGUUUUCGGUGCGUUUGUUUUAUCGACGGUCCACAAUGGUGACGUGGAUACAGUUGAUGUUGAAAGUGCACUGGCGAUACCAGACGUAGUAGCAGUAUUCACGGCUAAAGAUGUGCCAGGCGUUAAUUCAUUCACGUUUCCGGGUUUCCAAUUGCAAAUUGAAGAUGAAGUGGUAUUAGCAGAUAAAAAUAUUAAAUACUACGGUCAACCAGUAGCAAUAGUGGUUGCAACUACCGAAGAAUUAGCUUCAAGUGUUGCUAGAAAAGUUAAAGUGACAUAUAUAAACGUCACUAAUGUUGCUCCGGUUUUGACGAUAAAUCAAGCUAAACAAGAUGCGAAAAGAAUUAUACCUGGAGACACGAUCGAACCAAAAGGUCGAGGUACUAACGUGAGGAAGGUAAUUAGAGGUGUCUUCGAGGUAGGGGCCCAGUACCAUUAUUACUUGGAACCUUUGUCCUGCGUGACGAUUCCUGUAGAUAAUGGAUUCGAAGUGCACGAUGUAACGCAAUGGAUGGACUUGACUCAAGGAGCCGUUUCGCGAUUUUUGAAUAUAUCGGAAAGCGAUGUUCACGUAAAGGUCCGUCGAUUGGGCGGAGGUUUCGGAGGGAAAAUAAGUCGGAACGUGCAAGUAGCUUGCGCAAGCGCACUCGUCGCUAAAGCUCUGGACAGACCGUGCAGGUUUAUAUUGCCCUUGGAUACCAAUCUAACCAUUGCAGGGAGGAGGUUACCGUGUCAGUGUGAAUACGAGGUCGGUGUGGAUAACAACGGCAAGAUUCAAUACUUAAACGCUUCAUUCACGGAAGAUGUCGGUUUUUCCAACAACGAGAAUGUUUUGGCUUAUGUACUAAGCAGUUUCGCAAAUUGUUAUAACAUAGAUUACUUUUCCGUGAAAAGUUUUGCUGUCACCACCGACUUGCCUUCUAACACAUUCGCCAGAGCACCAGGUACGUUAGAAGGCAUUACCAGCAUCGAAAACAUUAUGGAACACAUAGCUGUUGCUGUUAACAAGGAUCCUACAGAAGUACGAUUGGCCAACAUGAGACAAGAAGAUAAUGAUCUGCCGUCCCUCAUUGAAACGUUAAAAACGUCUGCCGAAUACGAAAAACGGUUACAGGAAAUCAAAACAUUCAACAAAAACAACAGAUGGAUGAAGAAGUCGAUACAAAUUAGUGUAAUGCUCUUUCCCGUGAUAUAUUACGGUAAUUAUACCGCUAUGGUCUCCAUUUAUCGAGGAGAUGGUACGGUGACCGUCACUACGGGUGGCAUUGAAAUGGGUCAGGGUGUUAACACGAAAGCCGCCCAAGUCUGCGCCUAUGAAUUGGGCAUACCACUAGAAAAAGUAACGGUCAUACCAAAUUAUUCGUUUGUCGCGGCGAAUAAUAUAUUUUCAGGAUCGAGUAUCGUAAGCGAAUGCGUCAGUUACUCUAUAAUUAAGGCUUGUGAAACACUGAAAGCGAGAUUAAAGCCAUUGAAAGAUCAGAUGAAUAAUCCCACGUGGGAGGAGCUGAUAAAGAAAGCUGGAGACGAUCUAAUAGAUCUAACGUCUACUUACAUGAUGACUGAUAAGGAUCCGCAAUUGCAAGGUUACAGCGCUUUCGCGGUCACGAUAAUUGAAGUACAGUUGGAUGCAUUAACAGGAAAGUUUGAUAUAUCAAGAGCUGAUAUUUUGGAGGACGUUGGUUUGAGUGCCAAUCCUAAGAUUGAUGUUGGACAGGUGGAAGGUGCGUAUGUACAGGGUUUGAGUUAUUUCACAAGCGAAAAGCUCAUCUUUGACAAGACGACCGGUCGGUUGCUAACAAACAGCGCUUUGGAUUACGAAGUCUAUCUCGCUAAGGACAUACCCGCCGAUUUCAGGGUGAACCUAAGAUAUAAUUCCUAUAAUUCAAAAGGAGUUCUUGGUUCCAAAGCCGUCGGUGAGAUGGGUAUCUGUUCGUCUCAUGGUAUUAUCUAUGCUCUAAGGCAAUGUAUUAGAGAAUCCCGGAAAGAGUCUGGCUAUGAUACCACUCAAUGGCUCGAUAUUGAUUUGCCUUUGACUGCGGAAUCUAUAUUGAAGGCCCUAAAUGUCAAAAACAGUGAGUUUAUUUUAUCUUAAAGGCUUUACCCUCCAGUCGGAUGAAAACUCAGAAUUUUGCCAGACGUGAAGUAAUUUACAAUUGAUUUUAAAGGAGUAUCACUCACAUUUAAAAAUAUAAUACAUAACGGUUGAAUUUACUGUAAAAUUUACUAAUUAAAGAUUUUAGAGAACAAUAAUAUAACGAUAGCUUCAACAAUAAGUCGCUCUAAGAAAUAUAUUUUUUUAUAAAUUUAUAUUAAAUUGAUUAUAUUUUACAUCUAGAAACACUUGGGUAUUAUAACUAAAAUAAUAUAUGAAGAUCAGUUAUCAUUUAAUUAAUAU